CGUUGAACGCAGCCACCGCUGUGCCUCACUCAGCCUCGACGACAAGGAGCAGGGGCGCUGGAAGCUCUCCUCGUUUGUGCCCUCUCAGCAGCGCACACUGGUGACGAGCCCUACUCCUCACCACCCAGCCUGGCCACAGGGUGCGUUAUCCGCCACACACGCUGGCGGCGCGACGACGAGUCAUACUCCUCGCAUUCCUCACCAUCACCAACGGUAACGCCCUGGCGCUGAGAACCGCCGCGAAAAGGAUCAUGCGCGCGGCCGUCUACGACCCCGCGGCGCCCCAGGGCGCGCGCCUCGUCGAGCGGGCCGCACCUAAACCAGCCAAGAGGUGCUGUAGAGGCGUCGUCCUCUGUGAAGUAAGAAGCUGCGGCGCGAACCCCGUCGACGCCAAGUACGUCAUCGGCGACAAGUUCCCCGAGAGCUGGCUCCCGUGGGCGUCUCGAAGGGUCGCCGGGUCCACGCCGGGUUUUGAUUUUAGCGGCGUCGUUAUCCAAGCUCCGGCCGGCUCGGGCUUCGCGGCGGGCGACGAGGUUUUUGGGUUUGCCGAGGACCCGGCGUCGCUGCGGCCGUGGCGGUCUUUACAUGGAUCGUUCUGCGAGGUUGUGAACGCGCCCUUGGACCAGGUCGCCCACAAACCUAGUAAACUGUCGUGGCAGGAAGCCGCGGCCACUCCUUUGGUAUGCAUCACGGCCCUCCAGGCCUUGGAGCAGCACGGCGUCUCAGCAGGUCAACGAGUUUUAGUUAUAGGUGCGUCGGGCGGCGUCGGCCACGUCGCGGUGCAAAUUGCGAAAUGUCUAGGAGCGGACGUGGUCGGCGUGUGCUCGGGCAAAAACAGCGACUUCGUCCAGAAGUGCGGCGCUUCCGUAGUGGUCGACUACCGCCAGGAUGGGUAUAUCGAGAAGAUUGCCGAGAAUGGCCCUUAUGAUGUGGUGCUCGAUGCGGUGUCGUCCGCGGACGCGAGAGACAAGGCCGCGUCUUACAUCGAGCGCGUCAAGCCGUACGUCAAGACUGAUGGUGACCGGCACAACUACGUCGUCUUCGGGGGAGCCACGCGACACUGGGCCCUUGCUGGUUUGAAACGGUUUACUGGAUUGAAUUGUUUCGGACGGGGCUUUGAGUUGUUUUGGAUCAAGAUGCCGGGGUCGUCCAAGAGGUUGAGUCGGCUGGCGGCCUGGGCCGACGAAGGUAACUUGCGGCCGACCGUCGCCCAAACGUUCGCCUUCGACGAGGCCGGCGUCCGCGGCGCGUUCGAGGCGCUGCGGUCGCGGCGGACCGCUGGCAAAGUGGUGCUCGACGUGUCCUCUUCGCCCAUUUCGUCUGAGUAAAAGAGGUCGCGGG